UAACAUUUUGUCAACCGUCAUUGUAACAGGUAUUGACGUAGGAGCUGUUAAAAAAGUGUCUUUAUUUUUAUAGGAAAGAUUAUUAAAAAUACCAAAUUCAAAAAUGGAAUCGGCAGAUAUAACUGAAGAAGACUUACUAAAAAAGCACAGACAAGAGAAAAAAGACUUACAAUCUAAAAUACAGGCACUAAAGAAAACAGUUCCUAAAGGUGAUAAAAAGAAAAAGAAAGAAAUAACUGAAGAAAUCGCAAAACUAGAAUUAGAACUAGACGAAAAACACAGAAAAGAACUUGGUGAAAGUAAUAUAUGCUCAGAACAGCUCAAUAUUAGUACGGAAAAUGGUGAAGAUGAAAGUGAAAUGACUGAAGAUCAAACAGUAGAGAAUGGAAUUAAUAGUACACGUAUAUCUCGAGCGCAGAAACGACGAAAUAAAAAAGAACUCGAAGCAAAGGAAAGGGAAAAACGAAUUUUAGAGCAGGCUGAGAAAAAUAAAGAGGGGCCCAGAAUUGUUGAAACAAAUGCUAUUAAACAAGUGCUUAAAACGAUGAAUUUAAAACUUCACAAUAUUCCUGCAGACGGAAACUGCCUUUAUUUAGCUGUAAAUCAUCAGUUGCAAGUUACUGGAAGACCAACUAAAUCAGUGAAUGACCUAAGAAAAGUUACAGCCGAUUUCAUGAGACAGAACAAAGACGACUUCCUACCAUUUAUGUGCAAUGAAUUAGACGAAUCUGAAGUAGUUAGCGAGGAACAGUUUGAGAAUUAUUGUAAAGACGUUGCAACGACAAAGUUAUGGGGAGGUCAGUUAGAACUGCGAGCUUUGUCGAAUAUUCUUACUUGUCCUAUUAAAGUUAUCCAGGCCGCGGGUCCUCCCACACUACAGGGUGAACAAUUUAAAGGCCAAGAACUGAUUUUGACCUACCAUAGACACUUAUACCGCUUAGGAGAACAUUAUAACUCUACUAUACCAAUUACCGGGGACGAAGAUGUAUGAAAAUCACUGCCAAUAGCUUUAAUUAGGAAAUUUAAUAAAAAUAUAUGACAUCUACAUGUGAAACUGAUUAAAAAGCGAUAAUAUUUUAAUAGGGAAGUCAAUAUAGAACAAAAAUAUGCAUUGUUUCGAAAAAAUUCAAACAGGCUUAUAUUUUUCUAAAACCUUUUGUUAGUUUAUAUACAUCUUAAAGUAAAAAGUUCUACUCACAGAUUUUGUCGCUAAUUGUUUAAACAAUAACAAUUGUUUUAUAUAAAUGAUUUUAAAAAUAUCGUUUAAUUCAUCAUUUUACUUUGAUCAAAAAUCGUCUGCUAUGCAGACGAUGCAAUACUAAUCUCUCAAAGUGAAGAUGAUUUACAACGUAUGCUGCAUCAAGUUAACAUAACCGCCAGAAAAUUUAACAUGUUAAUUUCCCCAAAAAAGACAAAAUGCAUGGUUAUAACAGCAGAUCCAAUAAGAUGUAAAUUGGAGCUGGAAGGUCAGAUAAUAAAAUAAGUGAUGUGAGUUUAAAUACCUAGGCAUCACACUAUAUAGCUACGGAAGGCUCGAAACACAAGUGUAAGAUCAGGUAAAUAGAGCAAACAGAGCCGCAGGUUGCCUGAAUGACACAAUAUGGAGAAAUAAAAAUAUCGGAAAAGAAAUGAAAGGCAGAAUUUACAAAACAGUCAUCGGUCCAAUAAUGCCAUACGCGGCAGAAACACGACCCGACACAGAGAGGACAAAAAGAUUGCUCGAAACAGCGGAGAUGAAAACCCUUCGAAAAAUCGAUGGUAAGAUUCUAUGGGACAGAGCUAGAAGUACAGAAAAAACAGACAGUCAUGUCUAUACAAAAAGAAGAAGAAGAAGAAGACUUUGAUCAAAUAUGUUUCUAUUUUGUUUUUUAUUAUGCUGAAUCCUAAUAUGGCAUUACAAUUUGAAAAUUAAAAAAAAAAUGUUUUGAGCUCUUACACAGUACGUCUGCGUAACUAGGAACCAUAUGGGAAACUUUUUUAUUAUAAAUUUAACGAAAAAAAGUUAUUUUUCAUAAAAUGCUCUGCAUAAUCUAAAAUCUAACACUCAACCAUCAGAUAUCAAAUUUUAUCAAUUUUAUACGAGUUAUGUCAAAAAUAUGAAUUUCGUUAAAGAGUAAAGUAGCUUUUUGUUUCAGAAUAUCAAAAGUUGUUAUUAUGAAAAGUUGUUUGGAAUUAAAAGCUAUGUUUUAAUGUGCAAUUAGAUCCUUCUAAUUGAAAAAAAAAAUGCAAAUUUUUCUCAAAUAAAUGGAUACCCAACAUCAUUUUAUUCCAGUUAUGAUAAAAAUCUGGUCUAAAAUCUAAGAUACAACCAUUAAAUAGCAAAGUUUUCAAUUUUAUACGAGGUAUGUAAAAAAAUAUGAAUUUCACUUAACAGUUAAGUACCUUUAUAGUUCACAAUAUUUCAAUUAGAAGAAUGUAAUUGAAUAUUGAAGCAUAGUUUUUAAUUUCAAACAACUUUUCUUAAUAAAAAUUUUCAAUAUUGUGAAAUAUAAAGGUACAUACUUUACUCUUGAGCGAAAUUCAUAUUGUCUUACAUACCUCGUAUAAAAUGAAUAAAAUUUGAUAUUUGAUUGUAUCUUAGAUUCUAUACGAUGCAGAGCAUUUUAUAAAUAACUUUUUUUCGUAAAACUGGUAAUAAAAAAGUAAUCAAUAGGAUCCAAGUUAUGCAAACGAGAGCUCAAAAAAACAUUUUUUUAACAUAUAUUAUUUUUUGAGCUUGUCAUUAAAUGUAUUUUAGGUAAGUUGUACAGAAAAAAGUUUUGAUGACUUUGUACACCAUUUUUUAACUAAGAUUUUUUGGUUUUUGUAUUACUUUGAUCGCUUUGUAUAAACAUUUUUUAGCAGGUAAUUUUUGGUUCUCGUAUUACAUUUUUUAUCUUUCUUAAUUGUCUCAAAAAGAAGUUGUUUAUUUCAUGUCUAAAAUAAAAUAAUUUAGUACCUUUUAAAGAUUACAUCUCAAGCUUUAAAAAAUUGUAAUAUAUCUGUUUAAAUUUGAGUAAUACCCUUUUAAAAUGGUAGUAAUUCUGUAAAACAAAUUAGUUUUCAAAAAUUACAUUUUUUGAAACGUCGUAUCAUUUGAAUUAAAUUUUUGAGAUUUUUUUCAAUAAAACCUCAUUUAGUAAGAUGUUUGAGAGGUAAGUUGUGCAAAUUUGAGAGUUAUAUAAGUAAAAUUGUAUUAGUUACACAUUUUUUAAAUCAUUUUUAAACAAAAUUCAUGUGUCUCACUUUCCGCCCACAUCGUACUUAUGCCCAUAUAUUUUAUUUCUUUUUAUUAUAACUAUAAGAUAGCUUUAUUGUUCUUCUUUCAUUUCCAAUUUGUAAAAUUUAAUUUGAUCAAAUAUUUAAAGAAUUAUAAUAAAAUAACUCGACCGUCCGCUUCCGGGAACGCUACUAUACAGUGCGCCGAUGUUUGUGAGAAGGGUGACUUUAGCGUUAUAAAUAAAAAAUUAUAGAAGCUACAGAUUUAAUUUUAGAAAAAUCUUUACAUAAUGUUUUUUGUGUAAAAUUUUCUGAAUUUUUCAAUGGUCAAGUCACUUUUUGUCUGAGAUUUAUAUUUUCGUAGGUAUUUAAAAAACAACUAAUUUCGCAGUUCAUUUGUUUAAUAAAAAAUGAAGCACCCACUUCUGGAGUAGAACUUUUUGAUAUGUUAUUUAUUAAACAUUUCUUAAUGAAAUUACAAAAAGUUCUAUCUUGUUUGAUUUUUUCCGUAAGCAAAAACUAUUGACUCCCCUAUAAGUACAUUUUUUAGUGUAGUAUUAUAUACUUAUACAUAUAUUAUACAAGCUGAAAUAUGUAUGCAAAUAUACAUCUGAAAAAGUACUCAAUAAAGAUUAAUUGUUUAUUA